GUGUGUGUGUCGUUCCCCUUCCUCGAAAACGGGGGGUUGGGUAAAGGAGGGGGCUGAUCCGACUUCCCUCUGCCCGGAGGUGGAGAGUCGGAAUCCCACCCAACCAGACGGAGCCUGGAGGAUUUAGGAAGCCUUCGCUAGGAAAGGGAUCUCAGAGAGGGAAAGCAGCCAGGGAGCAACUUUCUUCCAACUUUCGCUUGCGCGGCUCUUACAAAGAGCUUCCCAUGCGCCCCGCUGGACUCGCGGCGGCGGCGGCGUGUUCCUCGCCUCGUCCUUCUUCUCCCGGGCGGGAGCCACGCCAGACGUCGCGGGCGCGCAGAUUCCGCGGGACAAAACGGUGAAAUAAGUCCAUCAGCUGCUGUUGAAAUACAGAUUUCCCAAUACAGAAGAUUUGAAGAUGGAAGCAUUUCAUUUUGAGAUGGUCUUGGUGCUUCUCAUAACUGGAUUUGUCAUCAUUGAUGGUUCUGACAUCUACCAGUCAAACCUGACUAACCCUGUCACAACUUCCUCUGAAACAGAAUCUAAGCUGUUCUUCCCUACCCAUAAACCCAACCGCACCUAUAUCUAUUGUUCACAACGUCCUAAAAUUAUGGACACUUUCAAAUACAUCAAUACAGCAAUAUCCUGUGCAGUGUUCAUCAUUGGGCUUGUUGGCAAUGCAACCCUGCUGCGGAUUAUCUACCAGAACAAGUGUAUGAGGAAUGGCCCCAAUGCACUGAUAGCUAGCCUGGCCCUGGGAGACCUCAUCUAUAUCAUCAUUGAUAUCCCUAUCAACAUAUAUAAGCUUCAUGGUCAGUGGCCCUUUGGGAUGUCUCCUUUUGGACAGUUUCUUUGCAGCUGUUUUCCUUUUCUUCAGAAAGCCUCAGUGGGGAUCACAGUCCUUAACCUCUGUGCUCUAAGCGUGGACAGGUACCGGGCGGUUGCCUCCUGGAGUCGUGUUCAAGGAAUUGGAGUCCCCUUGAUCACCGCUAUUGAAAUCAUUACAAUUUGGAUUCUUUCAUUUGUCCUGGCUAUCCCAGAAGCAAUAGGUUUUACCACUGUUGAAUUUGAAUACAACGGCAACUUCUACGUUUCCUGUAUGCUUCUAACUAAUACCACAUUUUUGUCCUUUUAUGCCAAAGCAAAGGACUGGUGGCUCUUUGGUUUCUACUUUUGCAUGCCGCUUGCGUGCACCGCCUUCUUCUACACCCUCAUGACCUGUGAAAUGCUGAACAGGAGGAAGAGCAAUCUGAGAAUAGCUCUCAGUGAACAUCUGAAGCAGAGACGAGAAGUCGCAAAGACGGUUUUCUGCCUAGUUGUCAUCUUUGCCCUUUGCUGGUUUCCUCUCCAUUUGAGCCGGAUCUUGAAGCAAAUGUUGUAUUCCGAAAAAGACCCUAAAAGAUGUGAAUUGCUCAGCUUUUUGUUGACACUCGAUUAUAUCGGCAUGAAUUUAGCGACCAUAAAUUCCUGCAUAAACCCUAUAGCACUCUAUUUUGUCAGCAAGAAGUUCAAAAACUGUUUCCAGUCAUGCUUUGGUUGUAAGUGCUACCAGACAGGGAGUCAAGUAUCAUCUGUUCCUAUGAACGGAACAAGUAUUCAGUGGAAAAACAACGAACUGAACAAUCACUACACAGAACGGAGCAUCCACAAAGACAGCUUAAACUGACGUUUGGUGGAGACUGCACUUUGCGAUGGGCGAAAGCAAAAACGGUGUACUGCAGCUUUAUGAACAGAAAAACGAUCUGGGAUUCAAUAAGCACAUUUCAUUUGAAGGUUCAGUGCCCUAGCACUUAAGUCCAAAGAUGACCAAAGCGUCCACAAGUGAAGCUCUGUACAGAUUUCUAAAUGGUAGCAAGAAAGCUUUGCCCUCCCCCUUACAAAGAAAUUCAUAUUUUGGUGAAAACAAGAAGAAUCUGCACAGUGUCCUGCAAACUAUCUGCAGACUCCAGGUGGACAUUCUCAGUAAGUGUAUUGCGCAUGCUGCCAUUUUGAAGAAUUUUCUAAGUCACUGUGAGUCAUGAUGGAAUUGUUUUGAAAGACUGACAAAAUGUAGGACCUAGAGAUGUUCCCAUUCUCUUGACAUGAGAUAGUUUAGUAAGUGUAUUCCACAUUUUAAAGCAUGUUCAGCCAGAAGCCUUUUUAAUAGCAGGGGCCAGUGAGGCAGUGCAGGCUUCCAUUGUCCUCCUGGCUUUCCAACACAGCAGGUCACUGAUGUUACCAAGAGGGGAGGAAUGAGGCAAAAAGAGCUUGGUGCAGUACAGUACCUGGCAAUGGGGGCAUCAGAUUCGCCCCACUGCCCCACGCAACACUGCAGCAGUUUCCCCAUGCCUUUCCCAUUCCCUCUCAGUAAGCCGGAAGAAAUGACGCAUUGACGGGAUAAUUGUCUUUUGUGUACAUUGUUAGAUGCUUAGGACACAAACUCAGGGCCAAAAGGUACUGAAAUAAAAGAGAUAUGCAGACUUCUUAUGAACCAGGUAUAUUUGCAUAUAUCAAUCAGCAAAAAUGUGAAAUCACAUUUCAAGACCCAUUUGCUAGCCAUGUUUUCAUUUUUCUUAUUUGACGAUGAGCCUUAUACUCUAAUCAUUCCCAAACUUGGGUCUCCAGCUGCUGUUGGACCCAGUGGUCAGGGAUGAGGGAAUUGUAGUUGAAAAACAGCUGAAGACCCAGGUUUGGUAAGCCCUGCUCUAAUCUGAUAGAAUCUGUUAUGGGGGAAAUCAAAAUGGGAAUGCCACAGUACUUCUAAUUUCUAUCAUGAAACAAGUGGAAGCGAGAGACUUUUGCAAAUCACCUCAGUCUGCUUUCUGUCCACCCUACCUAAAGAGUUCCAUAAGAUUGCCUUCUGAGGCUGUGCUCUCUAGACUCUCAUUAAAUCAAAUGUGCUUUGCUAGUGCCAGAGAAGGGGCUUUUAUUGUGGCAGUACCAAUAUGUGCUUUUACGGUUGCAAUCCUAUGCACAUUUGUGUUAAGAGUAAGUCUCCGUGGGACACCUCUGAGUAGGUAUGCAUAGGACUGCAUAGUAAACAUUUGAAAACAUUUUAAUUCUGUGAAUAGCAUUAUGAAAACAUUUAUUCAGGAGUUAUUAACUUUUGUAUGCUGCCCUGCAUACUUGUUUGAAACUGCUUUUUAUCUUAAUCUUUUUUCUGCUUUCAUGGUUGUAUUUUUAAGUUGCCUUGUAAUUAUUUUUUUUAAGACAGGGAAUUAAAGUUUAAAUAACUAUAUACACAUGCACUUUCCCUACACUGUUUUUCCUAUUUAAAUUAACUGCUUAAGGCUGCUCAGACUGCUCUGGGGUUCCUGUACAUUUCCCCCCAUGGGUCAAAGAGCAGCAUUGGAGCGUCUAUUUAGAUAGGGAAAACAGCUCAGGCAGGAAAGUUAAACCUCCCUUCUCCAAGACUGUGCUCCUAUUCUAGUUUGGUGCUGCCUAUGCCUGCUCUGAACUUAAAAAUCUGGAGGCCCUGAUAGCAGCCUCCCCCCAAUUUAAUUUAGUUGCACCCUAAUCCACCAGUUCAGCCCAGCUCAUAUGAGUAUUGUAACAUGAAUGGGGAACAUGCAUCCAAGCAUGCCUUGGCAAAAUAUUGUUUUUGUGGCCAAAUCCCUCAUGGUGGAAAACCAGGGUGAGUGAUGGUGGGGUUGAUUUAGACUAGAUUGAAAUUUGCACAAGGCUUCUUAAUAAAAAUAAAACAAGAAAAAAUCCCUAACAAAUACAAGGAACUCCUGAAAGUAAGUCCAUUGUAAAAGCAUUUUCUAUAUCCUUCUUUGCUCCUGUUGUUUGUGCAUCAAAAUCCCCUUUUGAGUACAACAGUGAUAGAAAAAAAAUUGCUAUCUCCACAUUGCUUUAGACCAUGCAGUAUUUCAGUUUUGCUACAAACCAUUCUGCUCCCCUCGGUUUUGCAGUACAUAUCCAGCUCACAAUGGCUCCAGAUCUUAUUGUCUGAUAUGUGAGUCCUAUUAGCUUUAGUGGGAUAUACAAAUAAGUAAUGAAGGUUGCAGCCAAUAUGUUCGGAAUUGCACAGGGAAAUCCUGAAAUCAGUCCCAACUGUUAUUACCUCUUUUGCACAUGAGUUGGCGGGGGGGGGGGUUGGUCACUUCAGGCAUAUUCCAUUGUUCGGAAUUCAUUUGCAACAAUUAUAAAUCAGCCAGACCACUGCUGUUGGCAAUGUAGCAUUUUAAAGGUGUUAAAUUUUGAUAUCUUAUCAGUUUCCCACUUUGAAUUGAUGUAUGUUGCCUUGAGCAUCUCCUGAAGGAACCGGCAACUCACAAAUACAAUAACAACAAAAAAGUGAUAUUUGAAUCCGUGUAACUGCAUAAUAACAUCCUCAUCAUUGUCAUAACCUCUACCAUGUGGCAGGGGUUCUUUUUGGCUGCUAUUGCCAUACAGGUAGCAUUUUAUUAGCCAUCAAAAUGUAUUACAUCUAGCAGUGUAGUAUACAAUAUGCAUGCUACAGGAAAACUGCCAGGAGAUUCAUAGCACCUGUGAUGCCUAGCUGAGGAAAAUAGCCAUGUGAAUCUGAACAUUCAGCUGAAUUUCAAGUGGAAGACACAAUUCUGUGCAUAAUUUACUAAGUCAGAUGCAAAUCAAUGGCUGGCCUAACUUUGUGUUGGGUUUAGGCCAAAGUGCCUACAGUUAAAUCUGCUAAACAAUUCCGAAAAGCUUUACAGAUAGAGUGUAAUAUUGUAAUAUGUAUGUAUGUAUGUAUGUAUAUAUAUUUAACUAUCCUGUGUAAAUGUCUAUGUAUUUUUAUGAGUGCUUAUUUUCAUGGCUUCUGUCUGUUUGUAUACAUAUGUAUAUGUUCAUGAUUUCAAGCAAAAUAGUAAUGUGUAAUUUUUAAUAGGAACAAAAGUUUUUAAAAAUUGUAUUCUAAACAGCCUACACAUAACACUGUAGGAAUAUAAAUAUCCUUAUAUAGUGACAUAAAUAACUUUUUCUGGUUCCGAGACAGUGGAGUCAACUUCAGUGUCAAUAUGACAGGACGUGCAAUGUGCUAACAAUUUGAUUUCUCUAGAGAGCCAUUUAUACUCCUGAUUUUACCACUUCACAUUGCAGUGGUUUACUAGAGCCAUGAGUAGAGUGAAAUAUUUGAUUUUUCAUUCCCCCCUCCUCCUUUCCUCAGCCCUUUGAAAGCCUGCAUUUCCAUUACCACAAUUCAGGAAACCAUAUUUCUGUUACCACAUUUCUAAUUGUAAUAAAAGGACUGUAUAUUCUUCGUG